GCUUCUAAUCCCCCGGACGCUGAGACGGAAGACAGCUGCGGCUUUGCUGUGCAGGAAGGAGCCCUGGGCGCCCUGCACUAACCUGAGCGCACACAUCUGGAGGUGGAGCGGGCUGGGGGCGGCUCCUGACACAGUCCGGACAGGAAGGUUUCAUCACCUGGCUGCUGGGGUAGAAUUUCCUUAACCUGUUCCUCUGCUUGCUCACCUCUGUCCCUCCAUUCACAAGCAGUGGACCCCUGGAGGCGCCUAUAUGCACACACGGUGGGUGCACCUAGCGGAUUUGAAGUACUUAGUACUGCACCAUGGGGAACCAUGUUGGAAGAAGAGACCACAGCGGUGACCUUUCAGCAAAGACCGUCGUACUGGAAAUGUUGUCGAUCCCUCUGGGUGGGCGGUGAAAGCGGAGCUGACAGCACGACCUUUAACAUAAUACAGAAAACCGAGUAGUAGAAGAAGAAAAGCCUGUAAAUGAAAUGGCAAAUCCAGUCCAGGAAUGUGAGGACAAUGAGGUGUUUGCAGAUGUGAACCAGAACAAUGGCACCUCAUCCAAGGACACGGCGGUGACUGACUCCACGAGCACAGAAGACCCCAAGAAUGAUUGGAAGGAUGCCAACCCAGCUGACGCUGCCUCUCGCCCACAUUUAGUCCGCCUCUUUUCCCGAGAUGCUCCUGGAAGGGAGGACAACACCUUCAAAGAUCGGCCCUCUGAGUCAGAUGAGCUUCAAACCAUCCCAGAGGACAGUGGAACAACUUCACCAGAAACGGAUUUGAUGGCAUCACAGAAACAGUCUCGUACUCACGGAUCAAAACAAAUGGCAUCAGCAAGUACUUCUGACCACCACUCUAGGCAUGGCCAUGGAGCCCACGGGCGGUACAGGGACUCGGGUAUUCUUGACUCACUGGGCAGGCUCUUUGGAGGUGAAAGGCAUGUUCCUAGGAAGGGAAAGGAUGUCCACCUGUCCAGAUCAGGCUACCUCUCUUCUUCUCCUCAGCGAUCUUACUAUGCCCAUGGCAGGCAUGUUGAUGAAAACCCUGUUGUCCACUUCUUCAGGAACAUGGUGACUCCCAGGACACCACCCCCUUCUCAACCAAAGAGAGGAAAGUCCCUCGCCAGAUUUAGUUGGGGAGGUGAAGGGCACAGGGCCUGCUAUGGAGGAUCCAGUCCUAGAUUCUUUGAGCACCACAAAUCGUCCCAUAAGGGAUACAAGGAUGCACACAGAGAUGGCCAAGGAACCCUUUCCAGGAUCUUUAAACUGGGAGGAAGAGACAGCCGAUCAUCUUCCCCCAUGGCUAGGCGCUGAAGCCUCCAAGAUGUCUUCUCCACGUGAUACACCUGCCACUGUAACCUGAAGUGCCAUUACCAAUAACAUUACUACUCAGUAUAACGCUCAUAGCAAUAUAAACAAUCUGUCAGGUAGAGACCGAGGACUGUGACUGCAGUUAAUUAGUGUUGCCAGUACCUGAUAAAACAUAGAGUUGAUUAAUAGGGUGAUGGAACCACAGUGAUGGACUCUGCUGUCUAAGUCCUAACCAAAAAUUAAUACAGUCACAAAGCCACAUGACUUAGAUUUCAUUUUUUUUUUAUAUCUUUUAGCAUUGCGCCAUGUAUUGAUAUGAGAUGCAAUGCGUUGCCUGGCCAGACAACAUGGGUUAUAAACGAGACGUUAACAACCAAAACUAAAAAAUAUUUUAGGAUUUGUUCUGGUUUUUGCUGCUUGGGUUUAUAUAGUGGUGCUUUUUAUUGUAUUACUUUCAAUAACGUCCAUUCUCUCUCACACGCAUGUUUUUCUUUCAUACUAGGUAGAGACAGCAGUUCUUGAGGGUAGUUGGGUAAAGGACAAUUUUAGCAUGUGAGAAGGGUACAUGGUACAGCUCACCGACUUGAGGUGGAGGACAUUCGGUAAACAAUAGAGUCUAGCUUUACAGCUCUGCCGUUUUAUGGGAGGAGAGAAAUAGUGGGAGAGACUGGGUAUUUCAGAAAGUCUGGAAAUAUCCUGGGUACUGUGCGCACAUGCAGGUAAACUGCUUCCUCUCGUCGCAACUCUGGCUUAUAGCCUUAUCUAUAGUCUAGAAACAUUAUACAAGCAUGUUAAAAAGAAAAGAGUAUUGAUUCGUAACCUUCUGCAAAUGUUACACUGCCUUGCAGAAUCAUAUUUAGACUAACUACUAUACUUAAAAUUAGAUAGUUAACAGAUUAUCAUUAAUGACCUUCCUAUAUUAAGGGCACUGGAAAACACAGUUGCACCAAACAGCUCUUCUGAAUUGCACUGUUUUAUUUGUCUCUUAAUUAAGUAAAAUGUACAUUAUAUUGAUCUGUAUUUAAUGGAUUUUCUGUUUAGUUUCCAGCCUACUUUUAAUGGGGGGAUUUACGUUAUAUCCGUGACGCUAUUUAAAUGUUGCUUGUUCAUUAGCAUCAACAAUUAAUAUGUUCCAGUACUGUGUACUAAUGUACUGCACUGGAUCAUGGGGGUUUCAGUAUACCAUAAUCUGUCCAGUAGAAUCUACACACCAUGAUCAAAGCCAGGACUUCUCUCUUUUUAUAGGUUUACACAGCAAAAAAACAAAACAAAAAAACAGAAAAUGAACAUUAUCCUUUUAUGGUGUCAUUAAAUUUAUUGAAAUAAAAUAAUCGUAUUACAAAAGA